CCCUGCACUCGAUCGCAAGCCACAACAAACAUCCAUCACUGCAGCAAAUCAUCAUCAUCAUCAUCAUCACAUACACUAAUCGAUCGAUCAGCAGCAGAUAGCUAAUUAAGCUUGUUUGAUUAGUUUCGCCGGAGAUCGAUCGAUAUGGAGAGGGUGGCGAAGCUGUCGACGGAGAAGGCGGUGGUGAUCUUCACGGCGAGCAACUGCCCGAUGUGCCACACGGUGGUGAGCCUCUUCUCCGACCUCGGCGUCGGCGCCGCCGUCCACGAGCUCGACCGCGACCCGCUCCACGGCCGGGACAUGGAGCGCGACCUCGCCCGCCGCCUCGGCCGCUCCCCGCCCGUCCCCGCCGUCUUCAUCGCCGGCAAGCUCGUCGGCUCCACCGACCGCGUCAUGUCGCUCCACCUCGCCGGCAAGCUCGUCCCCAUGCUCAAGGCCGCCGGCGCCAUUUGGCUCUAGAUCGCUCAUCAUAAUUAAGCUCAAUUAAUUAAUUAACCUUUCUAAACUUCACUGUUUUAAUCGCUACUACAUUCGUUUUAAAAUAUAAAAAUAUAGAAGAUUCUUAUAUUUUAAGAUGGAGGGGGUAUAUUUUUACUACUACCGUUAUAUAUAUUAUAUAUAUGUUAUUUACACAUGUGCAAUGCACCUUUGUAUUGCAUGCACGUGUGUAAAAAAAAGGCACACAUACGAGUUUACCACUUACGCGAGUGACUGAGAAGUACUAUAUAUAUCUUAUCUAAGAGAGAUUAUCUAAGAGAGACUAUACUCACCUGAGGACUGCCAAUAUUUAAUUGUUAGUUUGAUAUACAUAAAGGGUGAGUGAGUUUUGCCGCUAGCUAGCAUUAACUAGUAGCAAUUACAUAUGAGGGCGAGGAAUAUAUAUAGCGAGUCUUUUACAUGUAAAAUAGGCUUUAAUGUUAUCCCUCUCCAGCUCUUUUUUCCAAUGAGAGCUGUGUUUUGUAACCUCGUGAUCGGGAAUAUAAUGAAGCAUUUUAAUUAUACAUA